AUGAGACUCUCAAGUGCGAUAACCUCGCUUCUGUCACUAGGCGCUGCCUCUGCGUCGCUCGUGGCCCGCGAUAGCAUCGACGGGCUCGAUUUUGACAUCUCGUUGAUCGAAGAAACCGUUCCUAUGAAGUAUAUCAAGCUCGAUUUUGACAAACUUAGAGGUGAUUCCCCUGAGACAGCUGUCAAGGGAGCCCAAGGUGCUGCUCACUUGGUCAAAAGAUCUGAUGGAACCGCCUUGGUUUAUCUCAAAAACGAGCAGACCUUCUACUCCGUCGAAAUCGGCGUGGGUACGCCAGCGCAAAAUCAAACCCUGCUUAUUGACACGGGCUCUUCAGACCUGUGGAUCAUGGGCUCCAACAACCCUUUCUGCGCGGGCUCUACCUCGAGUAAGAAGGAUGUCGCUAUCGACGAGAGAGGUAUCCUCAGCUUUCUAUCGUCUUUGACAGCCACUCUCACUGUCACAGCAUCUGCAACUGCAUCCAAUGUUCCUUCUAGGUCAUCUGUCUCCUCUGAUCAGGCGACUUUGUCCUGCUCUGAGUGGGGAACUUUUGCCACUGGUUCUUCUUCAAGCUUCGAGUCCAACGAUACUUCGUUCUACAUUGUCUACGGUGACAACACUUAUGCCCUUGGUACUUGGGGUUCGGACAAAGUUACUUUGCAGAAUCUUGAAAUUCCUCGUGUGAACUUCGCUGUUGCUAAUGAAAGUACUUCCGAAUUUGGUGUCAUGGGUAUCGGUAUGGAAGAGCUGGAAUCGACAUACGCUUUGGCCUCCAGUGCAGCAGACCGCCACACCUACGUCAACUUCCCGUCGGCAUUGAAAGCGCAAGGUGACAUUCAUUCCAAAGCGUUUUCCUUAUUCUUAGAUACGCUCGAUGCCAAACACGGCUCGAUUUUAUUUGGCGCUAUCGACCAUAGCAAGUACUCCGGCACUCUAUACACUGUCCCAAUUAUCAACACUUACAAAAGUAAAGGUUAUGCCAACCCUAUAAGAUUCGAAAUCACCAUGCAAGGGAUGGGUCUUUAUGCUAACAAAACCUCGACUACCUUCACCAACUCCAAGAUCCCGGUUGUGCUUGAUUCGGGCUCUACUAUCAGUUAUUUGCCCGAUACCUUGGUAACAGCGGUCGCUAAAAAACUGAAAGCAUCAUACAGUUCUUCGAGCAGCGCAUAUAUUUUUAGCUGCUCUGAAGUAAGUGACGAUGAUUCUUUCGUCUUUGAUUUUGGAGGGUUCCAAAUAAGAAGUGCUUUGAGCAACUAUGUUCUUGACGUUGUCGAUAAUUCAAUCUGCGCACUUGGAUUAGUGCCUCAGGACGCUGACAGCAGUUUCAUUUUGGGUGACAAUUUCUUGACCGCUGCUUAUGUGGUAUAUGAUAUGGACAACAUGGAGAUAUCUAUGGCUCAGGCCAAUUAUAACGGCGGGGCUGAAAGUAUUGACAUUAUUACCAGUACCGUGCCAGGAGCGGUGAAAGCCCCAAUGUAUUCUUCUACCUAUGGCUCCUCUUUAUCUGUGGCUACGGGUGGUAACAUUUUUACCCUAUCAUCAAACGCAAUCGUGUCCACGUCUGCUACCUCAAACGGUACCGUAACUGGGAGCGGGACAACAAUCUCCCGCUCAGGAUCUUCCUCGAGCACAAGCACGAGUACCAGUGGAAAGAAAAAUGCCGCAGUAGGUGUCGUAGCCCCAAGUCAUGGCGUUUACAGCUUCUUCACCAUACUAGGAGUUAGCAUGGUUGCUGCCCUCUUAUGA